CGAGCUGAUUAUUCGGGAGAUAAUUUCACGAGACUUCGAAAUCGGGACAGCAUCGUUCGAUAAAGGACCGGCCGGCGUUGCGCAUCGAGUGGAUGGCGAUAUAGGAACAGGAUUUGUCAAAAUGUUACCGGAAAGCUCGAUUUUCGCGCUGAUCCUCGGGCUGGCAGCUGCUCUUGGACCCGCACCCCAUCAGACCGACGAAGAUUCCAUGUUGAGCGCCUUGAACGCUGUCACCAGGAAACAAAGAUCCCUGGAUCACAAUCCUCAGGAGUUUUACGACAACCUGCGAUCACUGAAGUAUCGCGACGGCGUGGCGGAAAGGAAGCUGCAGAGAGAUCUCUCCGAUGACCAGGACGACUUGGAAUUCCUGCCACUCGAAAAUGGGCAGUUGGAGACUGUGGGAGAUGGUUUUGAAAAAAUGAUGCCUUCCAAUCAUUGGGGCGACAAGAGCUCCGACCGUAACGCGAAGAACAAGUUAUUGGAAAGGGCUCUGAUCGAUUACCUCGAAAAUCUGGGCAACCAGGAUGAGAGUAUUCCGUUACCACUGCGAGAACGAGAACGAAGUGAAAAUUACAAGAGGGAUGCAGACGACGACCGACGCAUGAACGACAAACAGCUGAUGAAGAUGAUUCUGGAGGAAGUGCAGGAAGAAUCCCCUUACAGACGAGUAGUCCUCGAAGACGAUGGCGGCCUGGAGAUGAUUCCUUCCUUGGACGUCCCGGAUAACAAGCCAUACAGAGGUAGCAUCCCGAGUGGACUCAUGUCAUGGGGUGAUGCCAUGGACGGGCAAGAGAUUUUAAAGGAUCGAAACCGGGAGGAAGACCAGAACGAAGCAUCCGAUCGGGAACAAAAUGUUUUGUACUUGGAACCGGCAGAAAGGAGGAACAUCAAUGCUCGUUAUCCCCUGGGGCGCGAUUAUGAAACGUAUAGAGAUUUAGCGAAGAGGUUCCCUGUCGCGAAGAGGAGUCCGAAACCCUUGCAGAGCAAAAAACAGACGGACCCUAAGGUGGCUCAAGAUCUCGGAGCAUUAUUUGGAACCGAAACAACGAAGAACCAUUCCGAGAGCCAAGAACACGACCACGGGCACGAGGGCGAUCAUAAUCGAACUCAGACAAACGCUCAAGAUCACGAUCACGCUCAUCGUCACGACCAAACCUCGGAAUCUCCAAAUGAAACCACUCCGGCGAAAGGACAAAAAGAUGUAACGACGUCCCCUAAACCGAAGGAACGUUCUAUAAAGGUCCAGAAAAAAAGCGUCGACUGGUCUCAGUACUUUGGAAUAGAUCGAAGGAAAAAGAAAGCUGCCCUGCUUGCAAGACCAGGAACUCAGAAUCAGGAUUACGAAUGGCUGUUGCAACGAUAUUACAAGACGAUGGCGGAGAAUUUAAAGACGCCCGAGGCAACGGAUGAAAAAGACGGAAGCGAAAAAAGGGACAAGCUGCAACAGAUGGACGAUCGGUUGAAGAAUAUCAAGAACCUGAUGAUCGACGAGGCUUUAAAGUACACUGGAUCGGAAGACAAUACGGACUCGCAAGAGGUAAAAGACAAGAUCAUGGCUCGUCUGGCUGCUGCGUACUCUUUGGAAAAAAUGAUCAGAGCUUUAAACGAGCUAAGAAACAACGUCGUGGCCCAAAGGGAGAGUCAGAAAGCAGAGGCAACGCAGAAUAAUCUAACGUCCGAUCAGCAAAACGGUAACGAAGGAAGAAAUGAAGAUAAGCGCGGCAACAAAGACCUGGUAGAAGCCGAAGAAGAUCCUGACGAAUUAAGGAGAAAUUGCCCGGAAGUCGAAGUGAUCGAGAGGCGGUGCAAAGCUCUGGAAUAUUUCUCUGGAGACAGAUCACAGGUCCUCUUCAUCCCGUGCGUCCUUCAUCAGAUCUGCCGAGCUUGCGUCGACGAAAGCGAAUGCAUCUCAAGUUUUGCAGCGGAAACGGCCAAGAUUUGCGCAGCCAAAGAUGCCGCAGAAGGGAGAGAGUCAGGAGAAUGGUGCGGAAGAACGGCCAUGGUGAUGUCCCAUCUGACGCAAGUUCCAUCCGCGUCGCUCUGUCAUGCCGGCAAUAAUUGUCUUCGACGUUUCCGCUAUAGCCACCAUUACCUCCAUUAUCCCACCUAUAAGUCCAGGAAUCACAAUGAUUAUGACGUCGCCAUUCCAACGAGACGAUAAGGUGGAAGUAGAUAGAUGAUCGUUUAGUCGUUCGUGCACGAGCCGGGAAUUACUUUGCCUAAUUGACUCUUUGAAUCGUACUCUGUUUAGAGACGAAUCAAAAAGAUUUACUUUCUACCGGUCUCUACAAAAACAAAGUAGCGACGUCUCGUUUGUCGCGAUUCUUGUCCUAGAUUAACUUAGCUAAAACGAAAAUGGCCUCAACCACGAGAGAAUCGUUUGAACAGGGUAGAUGUCGUGCUUGAAAAAGGUCCCGUUAAAAGAUAUCGUUGUACACCUCGACUUGGAAGCACGUAACGACUGGACGAAGAUAUUUACCUGAAGAUUCAGCCGGCUGAUCUCAUUUUAGAAUUCGUGUUGACUUUUAACGUUGCCUUUCAUAAUGCAUGGAGGGAAGUCGAGGCCCUUGAAGCGUCCGUUUGCGGUGUAUGAUUCUCGAGAAGGAUAUUCUUCCUAAACGUAUCGAACUUUACUCAACGGUCAAAAUAUUCAUUUCCGUGCGAAGCUAUUAACGUCAAAUUAUUUGGCUCGUAUAUCAGAUAAUAACUACUCGAUACGCAUCAUCGGCCCAGCCAGCCGUACAGAGAUUAUUAAGUUUUGCAAUUAUUCAAUCUCUUGAUAUAUAAUAAUUUCGAGACGAUCGCCAUUGUCUGCCCGUAAAAUUGUUUAAAGGAUCGCUAGACAAGGUACGGUAUGAUCGACGUGCACCUUGAAACGGUAACAGAAAAAAUCCACUGAAAGUCACAGACAGAUACGGUUAAUGAUAUUUAAAAUAUAAAAAGUAUUUAACCGACUUAAUUGUACGUCCACGUUGGAAACGGUACAUCACAGCGGCCGUACGUGAAUAAAUGUAUCGCGAGCUGGGACAACGAAUGUAUGUACGUGCAAUCGCGCUGAUUAUAUGGAAAACUCUUCUUGACGAAUGCCAGGGAGCUACAAGUGGCAUCGUUUUACAUUUCGAGCCUACACCGCGGAAAACCAAAGAAAGUCGUACUCCUAUAUUGAACUUACGUCCAAAAAAAGGCCACGAAAUCGACAAACCGUGCGGGAAAAUUCAUUCGCACGCGUGGGACGAAACAGUGAGUCUUAAGUGAAAACUAUGAUCCUGUAUCACAUUAGUGUUUAUCUCCAACAAAGAUAAUUGUCCUAUCUAUAUUUAUGUUAACUUCAUGGACGCGUACUAUAUAUAUAUUCGACGUAAUACAAAUAAAAAAUAUAUUUAAACAUAA